AUGCUGCUCUCCUUGCUGCUGCUGCUGCUGUUGCUGUUGCUGUUGCUGUUGCUGCGGCUCAGUUGGCGCUGCAUCAUUGUCAUCUAUUCUUGUCUUAUUGUCAACUAUGGUCUCCCCUUGCUUGUUCUGCGCAGAGGUUUUGAUGACGCUAUUAUUUUUGUCGUUGUUGUGGAGCAACAAGUUUUCAAUGAAGAUGGAGGGGACACGAGUGUUGGAGUUGAAGUUGAGGUAGAAAAGGAGGUGGCAAAGAAUAACCCGGUGGCUAGGCCGAGCAGAAACCAGAAAAAGGUCCACAUCAAACCAAAGACACACUUCCUUGUCUAUAUGCUGUAUGUAUUCUUUAUGGCACGUCGGUAA